AUGGCCCAACGAAAUCAAGUUCCUAGUCUCAAAGAGUUGUGUUAUACAACUCUUUUGGAAUUAGAUAUUAAACAAUCUAAUUCUAAUGAUUUCGGCUUGCUUCAAGCAACAGAAGAUCCAUUAUUUAUGGAAGAGCUACUUAACUUUGCUAGUGUUAAGCAAGUUUCUUUCUCUAAUGAAGAAUUGGCGUUACAAAGAAAAAAUAAAAGAAACUUAAAUGAGCGAGAUAAUGAAAAACAAGGUAACGAAAAACAAGCAACGUUUGGAGAAAUAGAAGCUAAUAUGCUGUUUAAGGACUUGUUCAAUAAAUAA